UCCAAAGACCUCCAUUCAACUAUGGAUCCAACCAAGAUGGGCAUUGGAAGGUCCAUAGCCGUGCUGACAUCAGGAGGAGACGCUCAAGGUAUGAACGCUGCAGUGAGAGCCACAGUCAGAGUGGGUAUCUAUACCGGAGCCAAAGUCUUCUUUGUACAUGAGGGUUACCAAGGCCUAGUGGAUGGAGGCGAUCACAUCCGGCCGGCCACAUGGGAGAGCGUUUCUAUGAUGCUUCAGCUGGGUGGCACCGUCAUCGGCAGCGCUCGUUGCAAAGACUUCAGGAGCAGGGAGGGCCGUAUGAAGGCAGCCUGUAACCUAGUGAAGCUCGGAAUCACCAACCUGUGUGUGAUUGGAGGUGACGGCAGUCUGACCGGAGCCAACCAGUUUAGGACGGAGUGGAGCAGCUUGUUGGCCGACCUGGUCAGCGCUGGGAAGAUUACACAAGAAGAAGCCAAGAAAUCAUCCCACUUGAACAUCGUCGGCAUGGUUGGCUCAAUCGACAACGACUUCUGUGGCACUGACAUGACCAUUGGCACUGACUCUGCCCUCCACCGCAUCAUCGAGGUGGUGGACGCCAUCACUACAACAGCACAGAGCCAUCAGAGGACAUUUAUCCUGGAAGUGAUGGGCAGACACUGCGGAUACCUGGCCCUGGCCUCCGCUCUGGCCUGCGGGGCCGACUGGGUUUUCAUUCCAGAGAUGCCACCAGAUGAAGGCUGGGAGAACCACCUCUGCAGGAGGCUGACGGACCAAAGGGCUCGAGGUUCUCGUCUGAAUGUGAUCAUUGUUGCGGAGGGUGCGAUCGCCAGAGACGGCCAACUAAUCACAUCCGAUCAAAUAAAAAAGUUGGUGACCGACAGGCUUGGCUUUGAUACCCGAACCACCAUCCUCGGACACGUCCAGAGAGGGGGAACGCCAUCUGCUUUCGACAGGAUCCUGGGCAGCAGGAUGGGUGUGGAGGCGGUGAUGGCCCUGCUGGAGGCCACACCGGACACUCCCGCCUGUGUGGUCAGUCUGUCUGGAAACCAGGCAGUGAGACUGCCCCUAAUGGAGUGUGUCCAGGUGACUAAAGAUGUGACUGCUGCCAUGGGUUCUGGAAAAUUUGAUGAAGCUCUCAAGCUCAGGGGAAAGAGUUUCGAAAACAACUGGAACACUUACAAGCUGCUGGCACACAUAAAUCCUCCAGAUGUGAAGAGCAACAUCAACGUGGCCGUUAUGAAUAUCGGGGCUCCCUGUGCGGGCAUGAACGCUGCGGUCCGUGCAGCAGUGAAGAUGGGCAUCAUCCAAGGCCACUCCAUGUUUGCUGUCCAUGAUGGUUUUGAUGGUCUGGCUCAUGGACAGAUCGAGCCCAUAAACUGGACCGGGGUAAGUGGCUGGACUGGAAAAGGAGGCUCUAUACUGGGAACCAAGAGAACCCUUCCAGGAAAACACUUGGAGAAAAUCAGCGAGAACAUAGCCAAGUUCAACAUCCACGCUCUGAUUAUUAUUGGUGGAUUUGAGGCCUAUGUUGGAGGACUGGAGCUGGUUCAGGCCAGAGAGAAAUAUGAGGAGAUGUGCAUACCUAUGGUGGUGAUCCCUGCAACUGUCUCCAACAACGUCCCUGGCUCCGACUUUAGCAUUGGCGCCGACACAGCCCUGAACACCAUCACCUCCACCUGUGACAGAAUCAAGCAGUCUGCAGCCGGAACGAAGAGGCGCGUUUUUAUUGUCGAGACGAUGGGCGGAUACUGUGGAUACCUGGCAACCAUGGCGGGAUUGGCUGCCGGGGCUGAUGCUGCCUACAUCUAUGAGGAGAAAUUCAAUAUUAAAGACCUAGAGGCAAACGUAGAGCAUCUUGUUGAGAAGAUGAAGACAACGGUGAAGAGAGGCUUGAUUCUCAGGAAUGAAAACUGCAAUGCUAACUACACCACAGACUUCAUCUUUAACCUGUACUCUGAAGAAGGCAAAGGAAUCUUUGACUGUCGCAAGAAUAUCCUUGGACACAUGCAGCAGGGCGGCACUCCGACACCCUUUGACAGAAACUUUGCCACAAAGAUGGGAGCUAAAUCUAUUAUCUGGCUGACUUCGAAGCUUAAGGAGUGCUACAGGCAUGGUCGCAUCUUUGCCAACACACCAGACUCUGCAUGUGUGCUGGGCAUGAGGAAAAGGGCACUCACCUUCCAGCCUCUUGCUGAUCUGAAAGCUGACACAGAUUUUGAGCACCGCAUCCCAAAGACACAGUGGUGGCUGAAGAUCAGGCCCAUCAUGAAGAUCCUGGCCAAGUAUGACAUCAAAUUGGACACAUCCGAACACGCUGACAUGGAGCAUGUGCUCGGCAAGAGAGGAGGCCACAAGUAGAAUGAGCGUUUUUGUUUUGGAGUCGGUGGUUGGUUUAGGUAUUUUCCUCUGUUCAGUUAUUUGUUUUUAAUUUUCAAAUCCAACCACUUGUCUAUGUGCCUUAAUAAAAGAGCUGCUGACUUUACA